AUGCGAAUCAUAGCGUGCCAUGACCCUCUCGCUUCGACAAUACGAGAGACUUGUGCCGAGAAGAGGUUGCCUGCCGUGGUCAAUGCGAGACGCUUCAUGGUGCUGAAAGGGAAGGAUACAGGUGCUUGCCAUGGACUGGGUCAGGGCGCGACAAAGACGUAUCGCUUUCGAGAGAACUUGAAGAGGUACUGGCAGACGGAGAUAUGGGCCGAGGUAUACCUUGCGAGUUGUGUCCUCCCCGACUUCGCCUGCCCACCGCGUUUCAAGCGUAAGCUGUCUCCGCGCCCGAUUCAAGCAGUCCACCGACGGCACUAUCGAACCAAGGCCUACUGGUCCCACGGUGGUCUUGUGAGGAUGGAUGGAAGAGCGCAGGGCUUGUUGAAAGCGCAGUAUGGUGCCUGCAUCGAAGAAGGUGCAGAGUACAAUGCCAGCUCUACGACAGUAACAGAAUCGGGAGCUAUUAGGCCUCCAAGAGCACUUUGCUGA